AUGGGAGAGGAAAGCAAGAACCCUCCGCGUCUCAUCCUUCACAAUUUUCUCACCAGCGAAGAAUGCAAGGAAUUGGAAUUCAUACACAAAAGCAGCAGCACAGUUGGGUACAGGCCAAACGUGUUCUCCACCACUCUCUCCCAUCUCAUAGCGACCAAUUGUUGUCACUUUAUCAUCCCUUUUGUUCCCAUCCGAGAGAGGCUCAAAGAAAAUGUUGAACAAUUGUUUGGCUGCGAGUAUGAGCUCUGUAUCGAAUUCACUGGCUUGAUUAGUAAUAUAAUAUAUAUUUUGGAAAUCAAAUCAGCUGGUGUAGAGGAGCUAGCAUUGGAUGGCAUAGUGAUGAUAACAGGGAAUAUCUCAAGCAGCGACACUUUACGCUAUGGGAAGGAUUUCGAAGGCGGACUUUUUCACUUCCAGGAUGGGGAACCGACUACUCUUGUUCCCAUGGCCGGAGAUGCUGCCAUAUAUACAGCUGACAGCCGCAAUAUUCAUUCUGUGGAUGAGAUAACUGAAGGAGAGAGACUUACGCUGACACUGUGGUUUAGCCGUGAUAGUGCCCAUGACGAGGAUGCGAAGCUCAUUUCCCUUCUAUCAAAAAACAUGCUACAUAGUUCAAUAAAUGUGCCUGAAUUGAAGCUACCUAUGCCGGCAUCCAGCAAUAUGUACUGGUUUUCUCCAGAUCCAGCAUCUCAUCAACAGUUAGGAUUUGAUAUAUGCUUUGCAAGAAUGCAUGUGCUUGGGUUUGAUAUUUGUUCUUGUCGAGGAAAAAGCUUGUUUUCAGAUUCCACAGAGCUACUAAUGGAGCCGCUGCAAUUAGUAAGGGGAAACGAGUUGUUUAAGCAGGAGUUUGUCAACAUCUUGCAUGCACUUCAGGUGGUACAAUUUCACCAUUGGAAAGCUGCCGACUGGCUAAAUGCUCAAUUGGAACUAGAAACUGGGGAUGUGGAACAAUUAUCAAAAUCACAGCAGGAAAUGGUUAGUAGCCUCAAAUCUCAGUUCUUAAAGGAUCACCAACUGUCACCUUAUCAUGUGGAGAUGCGGAUGAGAGCGGAGAAGUUACCAUAG